UGAGGUUUCAAAGUCUGAGUUUGUCAAAUCAUAUUUCCAAAGACGUUUUAGCACAAAGUACCCUUUUUGUAUUUUCCGCACAGUGUGUCCUCGCCAAGCUGUGGGUGAAAGAUGGUGCAGUACCUCAGAGACUCUUGUACUUAAAAUAUACAUUUGGGAGAUUCCCACAAUCUGUCUUUCUCAGGCUGCUGAAUCACAUAACAGGUCUGACUGAAAUUUGCAUUUUUGCUUUAACUGUGGACUGUGGAUUUUGUCCACUGUCUGUUAUUCUGGAGAUGAAUGGAUGAAUUGACCACUAACUCUUUCAAUGCACAUAUCAGCAUGUGAUGAUUAUUCUGAAAAUUCUCAUCGGCCUUUGUCAGGUUUUAGGAUGCGCUCCCUGAGGAAGACGUUGUUGCUCGCCAUCCUGGUGUCAGUGGUGCUGGUACUGGCCCUCCUCCAUUCAUGGCCCACCCGGGGCUACACCACAGUGGAUGUAUGGCAGCGACCAGGGCCUAUAGUAGAGAGGCAUCUGGAGGAGAGGCUCCCAGAACCAGACCACCAAUUAAGCAACAUCCCCUUUCAUGUGAGGGACAAUGUGGCGAGCUUGUUGGCACGUAACGGAUGCUUAUGUGAGGGUGAGGGUGGAGGAGUGAACCUGCCCUUCGCCCAACUCUUAUUCCCACGGGUGUCAGCUUACCCACUGCACACUGCCUUUGAGGCCUCUGAGCUGGAAGAGAUGAAGAGGAGACGUGCCAAGGAGUACAAGAGUUUCCAGAAGAGGUCACAGUCACCGGCAGAUGUUCUCAUUAUUGCAGAGGCAAACAAUCCCUUACAGUAUCCGACACAGGGGGUGGAGGUACGACCCCUGAAAACAAUCAUCAUCCCAGGCUUGGCCUUACAAGACCUUCCCAGAGACCAUUAUUCAGUAAACAUCACUGCCACGCUGGGAACGCUGAAUGUGGCGGCAGAGGUAGACGGGGUGAAAGUCAAAGGUGACGGUGAGAUGCACAUGUCGCUGUCCAGCAGCGUCCUGCUGAACCUGAACCGACAGCUGCAGUUUGUCACCUACACAAACACGCUGUUCCACCCCAGCACAGUGGACACAGUGCAGUUUGAGACAGAGGGGCAUCAAGCCGCCUUCAGUAUAAAGAUCCGUCAUGGUGUAACACCGAAACUGUACAACACAGGAUCCAAAGGAGACUACAAUGUCAGCGCCCUCGUUACCAUAGCUACCAAGACUUUCCUGCGUUAUGAUAAGCUUCAAGAUCUUAUCGACAGCGUGAGAAGAUACUAUCCCACUGUCACCAUAGUAAUAGCUGAUGACAGUGAAAAUCCCAAAACCAUCUCUGGGCCUUACAUCGAGCAUUACAUCAUGCCUUUUGGAAAGGGCUGGUUUGCUGGACGAAACCUGGCAGUUUCCCAGGUGACCACAAAGUACGUGCUGUGGGUGGAUGAUGACUUCAUCUUCACAGCCAACACCAAGCUGGAGAAGCUUGUGGAUGUUUUGGAGAGGACCACUCUGGAUCUGGUGGGUGGUGCAGUGCGGGAGGCCACAGGCUAUACUGCCACCUACAGACAGACUAUAUCCAUUGAGCCUGGGGAAGAGGAUGGUGACUGCUUACACAUGAGGAGAGGGUUUCAUCAUGUCAUCCAAGGCUUCCCCAACUGUGUUGUGACUGAUGGGGUCAUUAAUUUCUUCCUGGCUCGCACCGACAAAGUCCAGCAGGUCGGCUUUGACCCACGCCUCGCCAGAGUCGCUCACCUGGAGUUCUUCAUCGACGGCCUGGGAUCUCUCCAUGUGGGCUCUUGUGAUGAUGUCAUUGUCAACCACGCAACAAAAAUCAAACUUCCCUGGGUCAGCGAAUCAGAGAGCGACAAGAUUUACGCCAAAUUUCGUUACCCGCCGGCCUCCUCUGAUGCCACACACACGAAAAAUGGCCUCCUGUUCUUCAAGAACAGAUUUCAGUGUUUGACUCGUAAUUAGCCCCCACUCACCUCGUUACCCUGAAGGUUACUCUGCUCUUCCUGAGUUGCCAAAGAAGUUCUCCUCCGCUGCGCCCCGUCAGAUAAGAUUUUAGACAAACUCUUAUGUUUGCCUUCCCUUGAACACCUUGACAGCGGUUUUCAGGCUUCACUGUAGUAAAAAGUAAUUUUGCCAUUAGGGCACAUUUAGCAUGUUUAUUCUGUCAGUGCACAGCUCCAUGGUGAGCUAAAAAGUCAAUAUCCAGAAGCCUGAUAUGAAAGUUCAGGCUCCCUUCUGGAGUGGAAACAGUUCAGGAAUGGAAAUAUAGAAAAGUAAGCUGUAGUAUGUCGUCUUGUUUACCUAGUUAAUUGCAAAUGACAGCAUCAUUGUGAUUGAUUCAAGGUUACGAAGGGAUUACGUUAUGUGUUUGUCAAAUCUUAUCUGGCUUUACAUCCUUGAGAGCUUUGGGAAAAGUUUAAAACCAACAGGUAGCAACUAGAUUCAUUGUUAUUUUAUUCUAAUAUGAAUAGAGGUAUGUGUGUCCUCCUUCAAUUUGCACUAUUCAAAAAGACGGAAAAGCAAUAGUGACGUCUGAGAGCAUGACGAGGACUCACCGUUAACGAGGACAAAGGGACACUUCCUAGAGAGUGACAAUCCUGUAGGCACAGAGCAUAGGUGCCCUUACCAAUGCCACAUGAAGAACACAUUGAAAACUUUUCACCUGUGGUACCUGCGCUCUGUGACUGGCCGAGCCAAAGGUUCAGCUGAUGGCUUUGGGGUGUUUUUAACAUGAUGUGUUAUGAUUUUGCUACCCCGUCACCCAGAAUUCUUUGUGUCAUUUGUGAGUGAGGAGGAGAAACUUUUGGUCCCAUCCACCUGGAGUCAUAGCUGGUGUUACUUGAUCUGGGAGCAGCCUUGUUUUGUUUCAUUUUGUCCUUGUCUUUUGCCUGCCACUCUGGUUUCUUCAGCAAGCAUUUUAAGACGAGGUGAGCACGCUGGUGAAUUAGAAUAAAAGUGAUUGCAUCUUUAACUGCUGCCUAAAAGAAAAGUCGGAUUAACCAAAAUGCGUGUUUAAUUUGUCUCAUUAUAAAAGAAGAAAAGAGAAGGAAAAAACAAGCACGAUGAGACAGAAUUGAUGAGCUUAGUUGACAUCUUGGUAUGAAAUGAGUAGUCAGAGCAUGAGAGGAAAACUCUCAGUGACGCCUUGUGAGACAAUGUCAAUGAAACAAGGUGUAAGGAUGAAGCACCAAGGCUCGAAAAUCCUCUUUUUAUACUGAUGGCUCCUUUUUCAAAGAGUAACUGUAUGUCAAAGACUGUGAUACACACUGCCUGAAGUGAUGAUGAUGUUCUUUUAUACCAUGGCCUUUAGAUGGCGCCUUUCACUCCAUUGUUUCUGAAAAGUCAAAUUACUACUUUGUUUUUAAGUGUCAUUUGUUAUUAGAAAAGAGGUGCCGGAAAUUUUACCAGCAGUUAUUUUUAUUUUUUUAGUUAUUUAUUUAUUUCCAGAGGAAUAUUUAGAACUAUUUCGUGUGAUGGCAAAACUGGGAAAGGAGGUCGCACUUAAACAAUGCGAUUGUCAGUGGAGUGCUAAACCCAAAAGGAGGACAAAAUAUUAACAUUCACCUGCUUAUUUAAGCUCACAGCAGAUUUACAGAGCCUUUUGUUCUUAUUUUGUGUCAUGUUUCUGCCUGCUUUUUCUUUUUCGUCACCAAACGUGGACAGGGAUCAGAAUUUAUGACUACAUCAGUGAAACUAUCAUAAAAAGGCUGUUGUGUAGUAGGUGUUCAAAAACUUGUCUCACGUCAGGAUUUGUAACUGUUGACAGAUCUAUCGCUGAGCUGAAAACUAUUUUUAACAGUCAUACUGUAUUAAUUGUGUUGGCACUGACAUUUAUCUUGCUUUGCUUCACCCAAAAACCACUAGCGUGAGCCUGCUGUUCACAGCAGAUUUGUUUCAGUUUGAUGCAUUAUGAGAAUUUUUUUUAGUUUAUAAUGUUGACAUAUUAAAAUGUCUGUGGAAACAAUUAAUUACUUUGAAUUACUUGGAGUGCGAAACAGAAAAAAUAAGGGAAAUGGCAUUGUGAAAACAGCCACAGGUUCAGUCUACAUUAUCAUCAAGUGUCCUCUAAGACAUCGCUGUCCAGACACUCAUUAUAAAACUAAAUGUAUUUAAAGGUUAUAUUUAAUAUGUAAUCAAGCACUAAUGUUUGCAUUGUUGUUGCUGUUUCCUUCAGCAGUUUCCAUCAGUGCUCGACUAAACGUUGGACUGUUACAUCUUCAACCACAGGACUCAUAUUUCAUACUCAUACUUCAUGUUUACUGUGUGAUGUGAAUAUCAUUUGAUGUCUGUUUUUUUGUUGUUGUCUUUAAAAGAGUCAAACAAUAGUUUGCACCUGUGUCUU